AAGUGUUGUGUUAAGGCCUUAAUCUUUGACGUACAUAACCUCAUUGUUUUGUAUGGAUUCAAUAUUAUUAUUUUUAACAUAAAAGAAAGACAAAAAUAUUAAUUUUGAUUUUAUGCAGAAAUUCUUUAAUCAAGAAACUAAUAAUAUAUUUAUCAUAAUUAACGAUUGAUAAUUGUAAUUUAAUGUUUAGAACUGUUUUGAGGUUACAUAUAUAAUGUCAACACGUUGGUAUCCUUUUUAUCAAAGAGGGAAUCCUCAAUUGCGCGUUUUUUUAUCCAAUUUUUGGUUAAAACUCGUCAAGCCUGAACAAAAACAACCAAAAAAUAUUGUCAAAUUCCAUUGUUCAAUGGAAAUGACAAGAUUUGAUGUAAAAAAUUAUUUAGAAAAAAUAUAUAAUAUCAAAUCAGUUAAUGUAAGGACAAGAAUAAAAUUAGGAGAAACAAGCACUAAAAAAACUGGUUACGUUGUAAAAGAUGAUGAUAUUAAAAUAGCAUAUGUUGUUUUGAAUAGAAAUGAGAGCUUCGAAUUUCCUGAUGUUUUUGUAACAGAGGAAGUAAAAAAAGACAAAGAAGAAGAAACUGAACAACUGGAGAUGAUGAAAAAAGGAUUUCAAGACUAUUUGAAAUUUAACAAACGAUCAGAUAGAUUUCAAAUGCCAGGAUGGUACAGUCUCUAAUUUAUUUUCUUAGUUAAUUUAUUUUACUUAUCAUCGUUUUCGUAGUAAAGAAAAUAAAGGAGAAUUUUAAAAUAUCUUGUUUUUAAGAAUGUAAAAAUUAGCUUGAAUUAAGAUUUGUACCGAAUUUGUAAAAUAACAACAAACUAAAUAAAAUCAAACCGAAGUAGACGUAUUAAAAC